AUGCCACCAAAAACAGCAGAUUCUGCCGCUCAUAAGGAGGCCCGUAUUAUGCUUGCAAUUGCAGCUAAAAAGAAUGGUCAAAUAUCAAGCACCCGAGCAGCUAAGCAGGCCUUUGACGUGCCAGAAUCAACGCUACGGGCCCGGCUUAAAGUGAUUACACUUACGUUUCCAGAAGCAUCCAAUCAUAACUCGCAAUAUCCUCAAGCUCAACCAGGUUAUAAAGAUAUGCCAUUCCUACUACAUAUGGAAAGAAGUUAUCGCCACUCUGAGCAGCAUGGAAGAGAGAUGCAAGUGUCGAGCUUUGCACCUUCUCUGGGGGAUUGUCCAGCGCUUGGCGGUUUUGUCGCUUUAAGAUUUAUGGUCGCGUUGGUGGUUGAAUACACAUAA